AUGCCUACCAGCACCUUGAUCGACGGGUUGUCCGUGUCCCGCAGGCUAUCUGUUUAUGGAAUAUAUUCCUGGAAAACUCUUGAAGAACUCGUCCUAAACAUUGACGAUGUCUCUGAGCAUCUAGUGAAUAUUGUCUCCGAGCUUGCGGCAGUUAGAGGUGGUGAUAUACCAGGGCAGGUUGAUGGGGGAAUGCUUCAAGUCUACUUGUGGGGAGAUAACGGCACAAGGGAGAUUUUUCACUCCAUUGAUGACGUGAAUCACUGGCUCAACAAACGACUCCAACUCAUCAACAAGGAGAUAGAUCUGCGUCUGUAUCCUCUUGUUCUCUGCCACCUCGACCUCUGCCGCCGGAACAUCAAGCUGAUGGAAGACAACUCAAUAUGUCUGCUUGAUUGGGGCCAUGCGGGGUUCUUCCCGCGAUUUUUUGAGGCAGCUGCUGUCUCAAGCAUCAAUGAUAAUGCUGCUUAUGGGAACAGCCUCCACAAAGCAAUUAUAAAGGAAGCAAAGCUGACAGAGAGGGGGGGGGGGGAAGAAUGUGUUAAGCUGCUCCUGAGAGCCCGUGCUGCUAGUUUGCGGUAUAUAUUGUGA